AUGAAGGCCCCCCCCCCUAGUCCUCACUCCCAGCCCCCCGCCCUAGUCCUCACUCCCAGCCCCCCUACUUCUCACUCUCAGCCCCCCUACUCCUCACUCCCAGCCCCCCCCUACUCCCCAUUCCCAGCCUCCCCCUACUCCUCACUCUCAGCCCCCGCCCUAGUCCCCAUUCCCAGCCCCCCUACUCCUCACUCCCAGCCCCCCUACUCCUCACUCCCAGCCCCCUACUCCUCACUCUCAGCCCCCCCCUACUCCUCACUCCCAGCCCCCCUACUCCUCACUCCCAGCCCCCCCCUACUCCUCACUCCCAGCCCCCCUACUCCUCACUCCCAGCCCCCCUACUCCUCACUCCCAGCCCCCCCCCUACUCCUCACUCCCAGCCCCCCUACUCCUCACUCCCAGCCCCCCCCCUACUCCUCACUCCCAGCCCCCCCCCUCCUCACUCCCAGCCCCCCUACUCCUCACUCCCAGCCCCCCUACUCCUCACUCCCAGCCCCCCCCUACUCCUCACUCCCAGCCCCCCCCUACUCCUCACUCCCAGCCCCCCUACUCCUCACUCCCAGCCCCCCCUACUCCUCACUCCCAGCCCCCCUACUCCUCACUCCCAGCCCCCCCUACUCCUCACUCCCAGCCCCCCCCUACUCCUCCUCCCAGCCCCCUACUCCUCACUCCCAGCCCCCCCCCUCACUCCCAGCCCCCUACUCCUCACUCCCAGCCCCCCCCCCUACUCCUCACUCCCAGCCCCCCCCUCCUCCUCACUCCCAGCCCCCCUACUCCUCACUCCCAGCCCCCCCCUACUCCUCACUCCCAGCCCCCCUACUCCUCACUCCCAGCCCCCCUACUCCUCACUCCCAGCCCCCCUACUCCUCACUCCCAGCCCCCCUACUCCUCACUCCCAGCCCCCCCCCCUACUCCUCACUCUCAGCCCCCCCCUACUCCUCACUCCCAGCCCCCUACUCCUCACUCUCAGCCCCCCCUCCUCACUCCCAGCCCCCCUACUCCUCACUCCCAGCCCCCCUCUACUCCUCACUCCCAGCCCCCUCUACUCCUCACUCCCAGCCCCCCUACUCCUCACUCCCAGCCCCCCCCUACUCCUCACUCUCAGCCCCCCCCCCUCUCAGCCCCCCUACUCCUCACUCUCAGCCCCCCCUACUCCUCACUCUCAGCCCCCCUACUCUCUCCUCCCAGCCCCCCCUACUCCUCACUCCCAGCCCCCCUACUCCUCACUCCCAGCCCCCCUACUCCUCACUCACUUACCAAGGACACUCAUCUGUACAACAGCACUUACCAAGGGACACUCAUCUGUACAACAGCACUUACCAAGGGACACUCAUCUGUACAACAGCACUUACCAAGGGACACUCAUCUGUGCAACAGCACUUACCAAGGGACACUCAUCUGUGCAACAGCACUUACCAAGGGACACUCAUCUGUACAACAGCACUUACCAAGGGACACUCAUCUGUACAACAGCACUUACCAAGGGACACUCAUCUGUACAACAGCACUUACCAAGGGACACUCAUCUGUACAACAGCACUUACCAAGGGACACUCAUCUGUACAACAGCACUUACCAAGGGACACUCAUCUGUACAACAGCACUUACCAAGGGACACUCAUCUGUACAACAGCACUUACCAAGGGACACUCAUCUGUACAACAGCACUUACCAAGGGACACUCAUCUGUACAACAGCACUUACCAAGGGACACUCAUCUGUACAACAGCACUUACCAAGGGACACUCAUCUGUACAACAGCACUUACCAAGGGACACUCAUCUGUACAACAGCACUUACCAAGGGACACUCAUCUGUACAACAGCACUUACCAAGGGACACUCAUCUGUACAACAGCACUUACCAAGGGACACUCAUCUGUACAACAGCACUUACCAAGGGACACUCAUCUGUACAACAGCACUUACCAAGGGACACUCAUCUGUACAACAGCACUUACCAAGGGACACUCAUCUGUACAACAGCACUUACCAAGGGACACUCAUCUGUACAACAGCACUUACCAAGGGACACUCAUCUGUGCAACAGCACUUACCAAGGGACACAUCUGACAACAGCACUUACCAAAGGACAUCAUCUGUCCAGCUGCUUUUGUAA